UGCUUGAAAGAGAGGAUGAUUUAACCGAGUUAGAAUCAGUCGUAUCGUCAAUAAUAGAAACAGUAAAUAAUAGUUCAUUUGGUGGAAUUUAUGUGGAUGUUAAAACGAAUAAGCUAAUCCAUGGUGGUCAUAUAAGUCAUUCUGGUUUUGGUACACACAUUAUUUGUGGAAACAUAAAAGUUCUUACAGCAUUUUAUUUAAAUGAAGAUGAAUCUUCUUCCGAAAGUUUGAUUAUUACAGACAUGAAAAUUAAUAGUGAAGAUGUAGGCGGUCCUGUAUUUUUUUAUAAAUCUGAUAAUUUACAUCACGUAGAUCUAUUUGAUAUGCAAGUUACUUCAAGUUUUAAUCUUUCUGCUGCUCUACCAUCAAAUAUUAUUCUAGAAAUAACCAAAUUAACUCUUCAUAAGCUUUGA